GUUUCCACGGGAACGCAGAGGCGCGAGGCGGCCAAGGAGGGGCUCUGAGCUCUCGCGGCGCUCGCGGAUCAUACAGUGCUGACAGCUAUUGUCAUAAUCGUCCCGAUUUACACCCAGACUGGACUGUAAUAAUCCAACCGGCCGAGGAAAACAUGACGGACAGGGAGAGCACGCGACAGGAGGAACACUAUGCUGGGCAGAUCAAAGGGGGCCUGCGCCCGUCUAUGAGACUGGUAGUGAUGGGCAUUGUUCACAAACAGGCCAAGAGCAUGGUGGUAACGGUAUCCUGCCCACCUCAGGGUGAGGGUGAGGAGGAGGAAGAGGGGGAUGUUGGGCUGCAGAUGACAGUGAACUUCCCGGAGAAAGCUGUGCGCCGCAACUACCGGAUGGCUGGGAAGUGGGGAAACUGCGAAAGUGCACUGUCCUUCUUCCCUUUCGCAUCUGGAGAAUCUUUUAAGAUGGAGAUAGUAUGUGAGCAUCAGCAGUUCCGUGUUCUGGUGGACGGUCAGCCGUUGUGUGGAUUCACUCACAGGGUGACCCAGCUAGCGUCCCUCACGUCCCUUCGUGUGGUCGGGGACCUGCAGCUCACUAAAGUAGCCUGAUGGGGGCUUUCGCCACAGCAACAUAGAGACGCUUUCAUUUGUCCAGCAACACCAUCCUUUUGUUUGUUUUUUGUUUGUUUUUUUGUUGUUUCAUAUAAAUUGUUUUUUUUUUUUCAUGUGGGUCACAACAACUUAGCCAACUUGCUCAUGUGGAUCUCACAUGGGUGGAUCAUAGGCUAGGCGGGUUCUGAGUGGGUUUGUACAUGUGUUUUUACUGGGACCAAGGUGGGGUUACCAAAUGGUACCCAUCAUUACAGCCCAUCCUAAUCGUACACACUCCAGACUCCAGAGUCCCAUGUUCAAGCCUUCUGGUCCCAUCAAGGGAUUCCAUAUGUGGGAACAAUAUAGAACACAUGGUUAAAACUUUCUUGGCCCUACAUUGGCAUGUUAUCUGGGACAAGUCCUGUGUAUUUACACCUGCAGUAAGAUCUGAUACUAAACUCCACUCUGUUUUGUUAUCAUAUGAAGGGGAAUUUCACUGACUUUUCAACAUGCCUGCAUAACUCACCAAGUAAAACACUCAUUCAGAGAGGUUCAUUGUUCUUCAACUGUAUUGAAGCUUACUAACUGAUUUACCAGUAUUUACACUGGUGGUGAAUAGAACCAGACAUGACUACAACACAAAUAUAGCCAUAUUAUUUAUUGUUCAAACCCAACAGUAAACUUUCAUGCAUCUUCUGAACUUUACAUGAAAUUGUAAAAAAAACAAAAAGAUAAAAUAAACGAGGGAACUAUUUUGCUUAACAACAGGGUACACAUAUCCCUCAGCCAAGGAUGCAUCUUUAACUCUUUUAGACUGGAAUCUUAAAAAAAUAUAUAGCUAAACAGUGUUUCAAGUAUCAUGUAGUGUAUUUCUAAACAUUUGGAGCAGUAAUGCUCUGUGAUUGUUUGCAUCAGAAUGUCGUGUGAACCUGUGUAAAUGUUAUAUGCAUUUAUACUCGACACUUCAAUCGUCACACUAUUUUCAAAAGCAACAGGUGGCAGUGCAAGCAAAUAUCCCUGAAAAAGUACCUGCUCUGCUAGAGCUCCGUCCAAAGCCCUGUCCCAUGGCACACCAUGAGGAUGUUGGGUUUUCCAUUUCUUGUCCACAAGUGCUCUCUAUGCACCCUUACUAAGCCCCUUUGGCAUGGCUCGCUGUAAAGCAGACUCAGCAGUGCUCUGUUACCCACAGUUUUACCACCUUUCAUCAGUAGCUGUGAAGAAGCCGAGCAUAUGGGUUUGUUCCUAACUCUGUGAGCAUCAUGGGAAAAGGAAAAACUGGAAAGAGGCUAGACGUAAUUUUUUCUACCAUUUAAGCAUUCAAAUGUUUAAAUAAAUGUGUUACAUUCCAUAUUCAAGUUCUGACCUGAUUUUAACAACAAAAUGAUAGAAAUAAUUAGGAAAUUGUUGAUUUGUAAUUUAUGUUACCUCAUAAUUUUAACCUUAAAAUAUUUACAGUCAUGUUACAAACAUCAGUGAGCUGCUCACUGAAUUCAUUGGAUUAAAGUUUUUGGAACAUAGGCUAGAUGGGUUCUGAGUGGGUUUGUACAUAUGUUUCUACUGGGAGCAAGGUGGGGUUACCAAAGGGCCCCCUCGUUACAGCCAUCCUAAUCGUAUACGACCCCAUUAAGCCCCAGUGUAGGGUCCAGACAGUCCCAUGUUCAAGCCUUCCUGGUCCCAUCAAGGACAUCUAUAUGUGGGGCCAAUAUAGAGCACAUGGUUAAAACUUUCAAGUUCCCAAUUGGCAUGCCCAUAAAGGCCCUACAUUAAAUUUUGAAAUUAAUAUCAAUAUUCCGAAAUGGAUCUGAGCUCUUAUGGGUUAAUUUUUUCCCGUCCCUAAAACAUAUAUUUGCAUUCCACUUGAAGACUUGUGCAAUACAGGUGCCUAUGUUGAUGAUGUCACCAUACCCACAUGCCAUGAUAGCCCUGAGAUUGUAUAAACGUAGCUAGUCUUUAGAUGUCUGCUUCCAUUUACCACCAAUGUGAACAAUUCUGUCUCUCUGUAAACAAAACACUCUGAAUGGCUUUAUAAAACAUAGCACAAAAAGUAAGGAAACUUGUGUUUGGUGCCAUUGACGCAUUUGGAGCUUGAUGAUCUUCUUGGGGUGUCAUCUUCUUGGGAUGCUCACGUCACAAACUGUCUCUAAAUCCCCUGUUAAAUGGAACUUAGCCUUCAGUUCGGAGAUACUGAACGCAGGGCUCACUUCAAAUAAUGUCGCAAUUGUUUUUUGCACAAGCCCUAUUCAGAUCAGUCAAACGUGGCAUGCCCAGAUACCUACUGACCACUGUAGCAGAGCCCAUGCUCACAGGUGCAUCCAAUCAGGCAGCUCAAAAAUGUGUCAAUAGCAAUGGCAAAGAAAAUUUGGCAAUCAUAUCAAGGAGAUAUUCUGCCAAACACAAAUCUCCUUAUUUGUGCUAAGUUUUUGUAAGUGACUUUUCAUUUUUAACAGAAAACUAUGUGCAGAUAUUUAGGUCUUAUAGUUGGAUUUCAUUUUAAACUACUAGUUAAUAGUUGGCUCAUAAGCAAUUAGCAUUUGGCUAAUUCAAAACAUCCCUGAGAGCUGUCUUUACUGCUCGGAGGCUGAAUAGGUUGCCUUGAGCAUUGGAUACUCAAUGACGAUGUUGCCAAGGUAAAGAAAACAGUAAAUUUAUUACACUAGAUUGCUAAAUACCCUACCUCAAUCCAGCUAUGUUUAAAUUUGCCAUCCGUUUUGUGUUGAAUUAGAAUUAAAUCUAUGUCCUGUGUGAAGUGACCUUGGAAUUUGACCAUCGUGAUUGAGGACAGCAGCUUAACAGUCAUGCUAGCUCGCUAGUAAUAAGUAAGUGUUUAUUAGCCUGUAGAUUACUAGCAAGCAAUUAUAGAAUGUUUAAAGUUGACUGGGUGUAUGAUAUUUAUACUGAAGGCAUGCUGGGAGUUGUAGUGAAUCAGUGCUGAAUGACACAGAAGUGUGAAAUCUGUUAUAAAGCUAAAGCAAAGAAUUUCAGUAACACUUUACAAUAAGGGUAAAGUGCUAGCUGCUAAGCUGUUCAGAGGUGAGUAUUAUCGGCCUGUAGCCUGCUGCUUACCCCAGCUAGCACCGCUGGAGCAGCAUUAGCCACUAACCCUUAGCCACUUAGCGUCAGCUCUUUCACCAAGGUGAAAAUAUUGGACUUUAUCCUGCAUGUUUACAAUGUUAAAACCAACAACAUGAGAGGAACCUCUAGCUAAUAUUGUUCUGGUUUACGGGAACACUCAGGGUUCCUCAGUGUAGCACCGUUGGGCGGCAUUAACUAUAACUAACUGCAGUUAAGGCUAGCGGUUAGCCGCUAAUGCUAAUGCGGCUGCACCCAGAUAAUUAGACGUUAAUUAAUAGUGCACCUGAUGCUAUGUUAGCAAAUUCCACACAGCACAGCAAAGGGCAUAUCAAAUGUUAAUUUCCUUACAAUCAUGUUUAAGUAAAAAUAUUUCAGAUGACACCAGCAAUAUCCAGAAAGGUUCUCAUGUGAAUAAAUGUGUUAUUUAAACUUGAUUAUUUAGCCCUUGCAGCUCCAGCUUGCUGGUGUAAAACUAGACACUGUAGCCUUGUUAGCAUCUGUUGAUGUUAGCCAACCUCUAGCCCUUCAGUUUCUGGUCAGAGAGCCAUUCUUAACUUGAUAUUUUUGGGUGGCUAAUUCAUUCUGAACCUCAAAAAAACAAAAAAGCAGCAAUAAUACUGUACCAACACCACACACACUGCAUAUACUCUUAAACAUAAAGGUGCUAACAAUGGUUAUUUAAAUUAAGCCAUAGAUUAACCACUUUAGCCAUUUUUUGUAUACCAACCAUGCUUGUAUAAACUUUUUAAUGUCUAAAAAGAACUAAUAAUCUUCACACUCAUGACAAACAUGUGCUUUAAGGAACCAAAAGUGUUUUUUCUAUGGCAUUGCUCAAAUAACCUUUAUAACCUGACCAGUAAUGAAUGGGGUAGAGUGCAGGAGAUCUGCUACAGUAUCUAGUUAUACACUGGUACAUUUGAGCCAUUUGGGAAUAUUAGAACAUAAAGACCCAUAGAGUUUCCAGGAAAUUGUGUGUACGUAUUCUUUAAAAUUAAUUUUUAUAUUUUUUUUAUUUAUUCAUGGUUCAUUCAUUGUUAUAAUUUUUUUUCUACACUUUAUCUUUGCAAAAGUGGCGACUCUGAAAGUAACCCCACCUCGAAUGUGUGCUACUACCCGCCGCUGCCUUGGCAUAAUAACAGAAGUGCCUUCAGGAGUGUGUGCGGCUGCUGUGCUGUUUUGAUGGAGGACUGGUCCGAGAGGGCAGAUUGCUGGAACAAUAGCUUGCAUGGUGCUGUUUAAGUUGACAGGGUGGUGCGCAUGUGUUGUAGACACACCUACCUGCUAUCUGUGGGUGCUGUAGUUAGACUGAUAUAUGCUGCAUUACAUUUCGCCUUUUGUAUAUCAGUUUCAGUACAAUGAAUGCACAGCCCAUGAGUCAGAAUGCUUCAUAGGAAAAGCAAAGAAAUCUCAUUUGAUGUUAAUUAUUGAUUGAACAUUGUUUCGCAGUGUAUUUGCGAUUUUAAAAACAAUAAAGGCAAAAGAAUGUU